AUGGAGGGCUCCAUAGUGCGCGCGGUCGUGCGCCUCGACCAGUGCUGCAGGGAGGUCAUGGAUGCGGCGCGCGUGAUGGGGGACACGGCGCUGUUCCAGAAGAUGCAGGACGCCAGCGCAGCCAUCAAGAGGGACGUCGUCUUCGCCGCGUCGCUCUACGUGUCGUGA